AUGAGCUCUAACAUCGUCGUUUCUACCGGUCAGACUGACACCAACUCGGCCCCGGAUUGCAUCGACUACUGGGUUCCAAGUGUCUCGGGCGGGCUUGUCAUCUCCAAGAUCCCGCAGCACACCAAAUGGGAUCUCGAGUCGAUUGUCAAAUACGCCCAAACAGCCGAGAAUGUUGGUUUUGAGUACGCUCUCUCACAGAUCCGGUUCAUUGCCGGGUACGACGCCGAGUUCCAGCACGAGCCUGUGUCCUUCUCGCAAGCCCUGCUGCACUAA